ACUACGCAUUAUUAUAUCUAUAGAGAGUCGGCAGUAUACCUACACGAUAUAGACUGUGUGCGUGCGUGUAUACGUGCAGUGCACGCCUCGAGCCCGUGUGUCGUUGUAAACUGCAUCAGCGUUCAGCAACAAUAGUUGUGCAGCCGCGGAGAGGCAGUAGCGUAGCGCGAGCAUAGGCGAGAGCACUUACAACAGCGGCGCAGCACGCACACACACACACACACAUACACGCACACGGAAUCGCGUCGCAGUGCGAGGAGUGAGGAGUCCGAGGACCGCACCGUUGAGCGCUGCCUGCAGUCGCUUACACGAGGCAUCGACACACGGCCAAAGAUCGUUGCAACAACAACAAUUGGGAAGAUUCGAGCACGUCUUCUACGCGUUUUUUGCUGAGCGCCCGUGAUCGGUGCUGCUGCUGUCGCUGUCUCGACUCGCUCCCGAGACUCUCGAUAGUGAAGCUGUCUCUGUGUUCGCGUGUAUCUUUGUGAAUGUGCUAUACAUACGUUCGUGAGUGCGUGCGUGCGUGUUUGUGACUCAGUCACACGGAUCUCGCGUAUUAUAUACUACCUGCGUCAUUGUGUACGUGUGUAAAGGUACGAUCUUUCUCUCGGCUCGGCCGUGUUUCAGCCGUCGAGAGAGAUAGAGUCACGAAUGUGUGUUCAAGAACCAGAGUAAACAUUGCGCCUUAUACACUAAUACAGCGAGGGACAGCCUGCCCAAGUCGUGGACGUUGUAUAUCGAAAGCCCGUCGUCCGUCGUCGAUUGCCGCUGCUGCUGCUGCUACUACUGAUGCUGCAUACUCCAUAGUAUACCGAUGUAUAUAUAUUAUACGCAUAUAAAUAUAUAUACGAAAUAACGCCUGUGUGUUCGCACAAUCACAGACUCACUGAAAAACUCGAGUCGAGGAAAAAAAAGGAGGUUAGAAUAUGGAAGCGAUCGCGAAACACGAUUUCACUGCUACGGCCGAAGACGAGCUGAGUUUUCGUCGAAGCCAAGUACUCAAGAUUCUGAAUAUGGAAGAUGAUAUGAACUGGUUUAGAGCUGAAUUAGACUCACGAGAAGGCCUAAUACCCAGCAACUAUAUCGAAAUGAAAAAUCACGAUUGGUACUACGGCAGAAUAACACGAGCCGAUGCUGAAAGACUGCUUAUGAACAAGCACGAAGGAGCUUUUCUCAUUCGAAUAAGUGAGAGUUCGCCCGGUGAUUUUUCACUCUCUGUCAAGUGCUCGGACGGUGUGCAGCAUUUCAAAGUUCUGAGAGACGCUCAAGGAAAGUUUUUCCUUUGGGUUGUGAAAUUCAGCAGCCUCAAUGAGCUCGUUGAAUAUCAUCGCACUGCGUCGGUAUCUCGCUCACAAGACGUCAAAUUACGCGAUAUGGUACCUGAAGAAUGCCUCGUGCAAGCCUUGUACGAUUUCACACCUCAAGAACCAGGGGAGCUCGAAUUCAGAAGAGGCGAUGUAAUUACCGUGACAGACCGUACGGAUCAACAUUGGUGGCAUGGUGAAAUUGGUAAUCGACGCGGUCUCUUUCCUUCUACCUAUGUGACGCCUUAUCACUCCUAGACCCCAAUUCUAACUCUUUAUCAGUGUAUAAAAGGAAUUGACAACAGUCUGAAGUAUACUGACGCAGCUUUGACGAUCUAUAAGAUUUGUUUGGCAGCCCAAUUGACGUAUGGUAUUUUUCAAAAGCCGCUUACCGACUGGUCAAACAAAAUGUAUUGCUGGUCGCGUGGACAUUGUCGUGACUUUUGUUACGGAUUAGUGCGCGCUUGUGAAUUGAAUAUAUACCAGCCAGCAUACUCAAUUCUCCACAUACUACGAAAAAAUAAUUGAGAAACAACACCAUGAUUAACGAUAAUAUAGAACAUAAAUAAAUUUAUCAUCGCGCAUAUAUUAUUGAAUUAUACGAAGAUAUUGUUCCCUACUGUUUUAUAUGUUCUAUUUCGUUCUUCAUGCUGUUACGUCAUAACGCACAAUAUUGCCGUUUAUCAUAUAUGUAUAGGUUGUUUUUUACGUAUACUUAUAUUUAUAUGCUUUUGCGAACCUUUUGCGUUUUAAGGUGAAAUAUGCAUAUAUAUAAUUGUAUUAGGAUAGAAAACGCUCUUGAAUACGAAGAAAAUAUGACAGGAGUUCAAGGUUGUGUAUUAUUUCGAUGAUUUUUAUUAUUUGAAUUUUUAUUGCUGAUAGUGGAUGCUAUUACGUCUACUAUUAGUUUUAAAGAAUCGAAUUAAGUAUAAAAUUUUGAUAGCACAAGCGAAAUCUUUUGCUAUUUUUGUAAACAUUUAACGUUCAUGAAAACGUUCUUAAUGCUAUUUUAAGUGGAAAUGCUUCUAAGUCAUGAAGAUUUUUAUUAUUGAAAAAAAUUUGUAAGCGGCAUUUUGAUUAUUUUACGGUCUUGUAAUGUCUGAGUGAUUCAACGUGAUGACAUUGGUAUUUUGACUUGAUUAAAAAUAAUUGUCUCAAAUCAAAAAUUGUUGGCCAAGUUAUUUGAUCAUUUUCUAUAAUUUUUUCAUAAGUAACGACUGUCAGAGCGAAAGUUGAUAAUAGUGAUACUGAAAUAUGCUUGUGAGAAUGAUUCUCAAGAGAUUUUUUUACUUUGAAGUUUCUCUUGGUAUUUGUGUCAUGAAACUUUACAAACAUUUUUGAAUGAACAAAAAGUGUCUUUUGUUUAAUUAAUUAUAAUUACUUGAAGUCAGCUUCUAUUGCGAGAUCACAUUGAUCGACCAACGAAAUAACUUAGAUGUAGUGUAUUCAAUAUAUAUUUAUACGUUCAGUUACUGAAAGUGCAAUAAAUCUUCCAGCAUACACAAUUAUUCUUCCGAAUGCAACUAUGUCGAGCCUUAAUGUAAGUAAUCAUUUUGUCAAUAAAAGUGGUUCAUAGUAGCUUCGGAAAAACGAAUAUAUAACUAUGUAAGCAAUCGAGUGCUCAUUUUUUGAAGCAGUGAUUGAAAAACCAGAUUGAUGAAACAGUAUGUAAAUUAAGAUAAUUACAUUAAUAAAAGCUGAAAACAUUUAUUAAUGUAAACCGAAAAAUCAAGACAAACGUAUUUUCAAGACAUAAAAUUUCUUCCUUAGGAAGAAAUUGAUGGCGAAUGAAAAAAUCAUUAAAAAAAAUAUUAUUUAACAAUUUUUAGAUUAGAAGCAUAUUACAUAUGAUUAUUGAUAAGACUAGCAUUGUCUCAAUUUAAUUAUUAAUAUAUAACGCGCUAUUAUACAUACUUACAUGAAAGCUUUUAUGUGUAUGUAUUUUGUGCAUAUCAGCGAUAUUUUAACUUUAUAUUUCAUUAAUUCGAGGUUGAAAAAAUUUUUUACGACAAAAUAUGAUAUGUCAAAGGAUUUUUAUGAUAAACAAUAGUUUACUAAGACUUUCCCGAGAAUCGUACACUAUUUUCCUCUGAUUACAAAUAAUUUUACUGUCAUAAUGAUUUUAAGAUUGAAAACGCACAUUGCUUUUUCUUUUUUAAAUGUACAGUUUCGCGAUCGUUUUUUUUUCUUAAGUAUUGUUGAAAUUCGAAAUUAUCAAACUUAUGCUGAUGACAACGUUACAUUGUACUAGAUCUCAGGUGGCAAUUUAUUAAGUUUAGUUUUAAUCUCUACGUGCUAUAAUCUUUUUCUUUUUAAAUUUUUAUGAUUUCAUAUCACGGUAUCGUCUUCAUAAUAAUCAUUAUAAGCUAUUUUAAUUAGUGUUUUACAUCAGUAAUGCACCUCUUAUUUUGAAAGAAAGUGACUUUAAACAAAAAUUAUCAUCUUAAAGGGAUGAAAAUGAUCUUUAUUAUUGUUUGGCGAUUAUCAAGAAAUCUGAAUAAAUGAGAACUGUUAUGAUUCAUGUAAAAAAUUGUAGUUAAAAACACGAUAGUUCGUCAAAAAUAUACAUAAAAUCAACUGAAA